GAUAGUCAUCCAAGCGGGGAUUGUUUUUUCUUUUUUUUUUUCUUUUUGGCUGGAAAGCUCUCCCUUGGCACUUUCCCCCUUUUUUCCCUAAUCAAUUCCUUCCUUUUUCUUUCUACUUUUUAUUAUUGUUAUUAUUAAUAUUAUUCUCAUGUUAUCAUGUCGACCACUUUUUCGCGGUCUGACCCUGUUCCAAUACCCAAUGCUAACAACACUGUUUCCUUCUCUUACAAAGAAAUCGUUCGCAACUUGACGGCCAAUGCUCCUCAACCUUAUGGUGCCAUUCCUCCGUUGAUGAAGAAGAAACGAAAGCAAAAAAAGAAAAGUCAAGUUCAACGACAACAACAACAAGCUCUUCGAAGAAUGUCUCAUGUGGAAAACUGGGUUGCUGUUGAUAGUAAAGAAAGUUUACCUGAUGAAGAAGAAUUGAUCCACUCACCUUUUCAGAACUUCCUGUCAGUUGACUUUCUUACGGGAAUCUUACCAUUACAUAUGCCACCUCCAUCCCUUAGUGACCCUAUGACCUUGUUGCACCAAGAAGAAAUUGCAAAGUUUACCUACCACCAUCAGGAUGUAUCAACUCGGUUUGAAGAUAUUGAUAAUGGAUCUAUUGACGACGAUGAAGAUGAAGACGAUGACGACGAUGAUGAUGAUGACGAAGACGACGAUGAAAGUGAUUUCUCUCCUCCUACCACUUCUUCCUCCUUGCGUUCCGCUGAGUUAGUUAAACGAUCUAUUCCUUCAUUCACCAAAUCAAAUACACCAUCCACUUCUACAACUACUUCUUAUGCCAUGUCAUCAUCCCCACCAGAUCAAGACCGACAGAAAUGGAUUGACACCAUUGAAAAGUUACGCCAAUCACUUGCUUCAUCAUCUCAACCAGCACCUUCUAGAAGAAAUGGUUUUAUUCCUAUGCCAUUACCACCACGACGAAAAAGAUCCAGUCGAAAACGAAGAUCUGAAGCCACAACCCAACCUCGAUUCAACUUUGACACCAAUACCUAUACUCGCGAUACCCGUUCGAAUCCCGAUCACUUACGGAUGAUUGCAGCCGAAUUGAAUAUGAUGCGAUCAAGAAAACUCUUUAGUCCACUGAAACCCCGUGGUUUUUUACCCAGGCGAAAGGAUCCUUUUAUACUUGGUGAUGGCCGAUUACGAUCUCCUUUAAGAUUUGAAAUAGUAUAG